AUGAUGUUCACCAAGACCUUCGGCAUUGCUGCUGCCUUCGCCACUCUGGCGUCUGCCCUUCCUUCCGGCAUGAUGGUCCGCCGUAACAACACUGUCCCCGCCAGCGGCUCUGUUCUGAUCACCAACAACCUGAACAUGGACGUCUACGCCUGGUCCGUGUCCAACGAUGUUGGUCCCAUGCAGACCCUGUCGGCCAACGGUGGUACCUACACUGAGGCCUGGCGCACCAACCCCAAUGGCGGUGGUAUCUCCAUCAAGCUGGCCACCGAUCCCAGCCAGUCCGAUGUCCUGCAGUUCGAGUACACCCAGGCCACCGACACCAUCUUCUGGGAUCUCUCCUGCAUCAACAUGGAGUCUGAUUCCAAGUUCACCGAGUUCGGCUUCGCCGUCCUGCCCUCGGACUCCGGCAACUCGGACUCCUGCCCCUCUGCCGUCUGCAAGGCUGGUGACUCUGCUUGUGCCGCCGCCUACCUCCAGCCCACCGAUGACCAUGCCACUCACGGCUGCCCCAUCGACACUGGUCUGGCUCUGACUAUCGGCCAGUAA